AUGGUUUUCCACAUGUCUUUGCGCUCCAACCCAAUGUUACGGAAAACACAUCUGGCUGUGUGGAGAACAUGGAGGUCAUGCAAGUUAAGCCUGCACUCUUCUACAGUUUGUGCAUCUUCUGGUCCUGGUCCCGUAGACAGAUCUGAAGAACUGUCUCCUGUUUCAGCUGAAAAGCCUCCUCACACGCCUGUCAUGCUUAAAGAGGUCCUUCAUUACUUGGAUAUCCAGCCAGGUCAGGUGGUCCUGGACAUGACAUUUGGAGGUGGUGGUCAUACCAAAGCAAUACUGAAUAUGGUUCCCGAAGUCACCGUCCUGGCCUUAGACCGAGAUCCUACAGCCAUUUCUCUCGCCCAGCAGUUAGCCAAGGAAUACUCUGGUCGUGUGAAACCAUUGCUUGGCCAAUUCAGCGAGCUUGAAGCCCUGCUGUCUAACAUGAACAUUAAGCCAGGCAGCAUUGAUGCUGUUCUGUUGGAUGCUGGCUGCUCCUCCAUGCAGAUGGAUCAGGCGGAGAGAGGCUUCUCCCUCAGCAAGGAUGGGCCCUUGGAUAUGAGAAUGGAUGGAGGGAGGUACCCCGACAUGCCCUGCGCUGCUGACGUAGUGAAUACCUUAGAUCAACAGGCUCUUGCAUCCAUCCUCACUGCAUAUGGGGAAGAAAGACAAGCCAGGAAAAUAGCUUCAGCCAUUGUGGAGGCACGCCGUGUCAACCCCAUCACCAGGACACAGCAGCUGGCCAGCGUGGUGGCAGGAUCAUUUCCUGCAGCUGUCCUCUAUGCACGUAAAGACCGACUCCAACGAUCUGCACACGUGGCCACUAAGACUUUCCAAGCUCUGCGUAUCUUUGUGAAUGAUGAGCUGAACGAACUACAUGCGGGGCUGCGUGCUGCCCGGUCUGUACUGACACCUGGAGGACGUCUCUGCGUGAUCACCUUUCAUUCGCUAGAAGACAGACUGGUCAAACGUUUCCUCCAGGGAGAAGACUUGUCCAAUCUAGAUCACUUCAGUCCAAGAAAGCAAGGCACCGGGAAGCAAAAACUGGUGGGUGAAAAAAGAGAUGGUGAAAAUGUUUAUUGGCUUCCUCUGCGAAGAAAAGUGAUCACCCCAGAAAGGGACGAUGUAAAAGAGAAUCCUCGAGGACGCUCCAGUAAACUGAGGGCGGUAGUCAGACGUUAAUUAUGUGUCAAUUACUAGAAAACUCAAAAUGUUUUAGCUUUUUUACAGCCACGGUAACUUUUUACAAAUGAUACUGGCAGGGUGUAGAGGCAGUUACACAAUAACUCCUCUGUAUUUGUCUGCGGUGCGUGCUAUUGUUCUUUUCUUUCUAUGAUUUGGCUGUAAAUGUAGGACUUCUUCUGCACACAGAAAAACUCACUAACUUGUUGCAACAAUUACAAUUGGACUGGUGGGAAGCCAGUGAGGGUUGGCGUUCUUGACGCUGCAUCAGUGGUUGGUUAGGGUGCUGCACAGUGAUGAAUGAACUCUGGGUAAGAGAAGGAAUGAAUCUCCCACACAAUAUGCCCGCUGGUUGGAGCUCAGAUUUUAUUUUUUUUCAUUGGCAGGAGAAAAGAAAUAAUUGGCGGCACCAUGUGUCACAAAUACAGCAAAAGUCUACAGAAGUCAGCUGUGACAAAGACUGUCGUGCUUAGAAAACUGGACUUUCCAAAUUGGGAUAAAAACGGGCAAGAAAAAAAACCACAUAUGUAACAAAGUGAUCUAAACUCAAAGGUCCACUCUCUAGCUUUCAUUGCAUUCACUCCCAUCUCACUGUCGUCAGUGAAUCGAGCUGGUUGAGGUGUCGUCCGGGACCUUUGGUCAUGUAAUAUAGCAUUGUUGCACAUUUAGGUCACAUGAUGAUGCCUGAUUUAAAUCCAUUCACUGAUAUGAAGACCUUAAAAUGUGAUUGAGCGCUCUGAAAGCUUGGACCUUUUGAUAGAUUAUUUUGCUAUAUAUACACUGUUCCCAGAGGUCAAGAAUGAACUUCCAAUUAAGAAUUAGAUGAAUAUGCAAUACUAAUUAGAAGGGGCUGAUCAUGUUUACAGUUUAAUAUGAUGUAUACUCUUAAAUUCCAGAAGAAACACUUGUCUUUCUCUCCCCUUGCCUUAGCACUAUAAAAAUCCUGUCCAAACUCAAGUGACAGCCACCAAUUGUGUGAAAGCAGGUUAAUGUUUGAAGUAAAAAGUAAAAGUGUGUAACUUUUGUGUUGUUUGCCUUGUGAUUAUAAACUGUACUGGACAUUACAAAACCCCUCUGGUUUGAUCUGUAAUGAUCCUGUACAAUACUCUGAAUUAAUUCUGAAUUAAACUUUUAAUUUCUGUGUGCUAUUCUAAUAAAUAUGAAUUUCUUACGAUUGUCA